AUGCUCAUAGGAUAUCUUAAAUAUAUUUGUGGAAUGUUUAAAAUUGCUAGCUAUCGGAUUGAGCAAGCAAUGACAAUUAAUAAUUUACAAAAAAAAGAGAAAGAGAUUAUGAUUUAUAAACAGAUAAUUUACGCCGUGAACGUACAUCGUAAAGCAAUGGAGUUGUGCAAAUCUUUAAUAUCUUGUUUUGAAGGACUCUUCUUUUCGUUAAUAGCGGUUGGCGUGUUUAACUUAAGUCUCAAUCUCUAUCGAAUUUUUCAAACUAUAUCAGUUAUAAGUGACAAAGAAGAAAUCACAUUGCACUUCAUAAUUGUAAUUGUCACUCUUUUAUACAUGUUUCUAGCAAACUAUGCUGGACAAGAAAUUACGGAUCACAAUGAUUACAUAUUUUUCAUCGCAUAUAAUGUUCGUUGGUAUAUAGCACCAUUACACAUACAGAAGAUGAUAUUAUUUCUAUUACAAAUAGGCAAUAAAGCUUUCGGUCUGCAUAUCGGCGGAUUGUUUGUAGCAUCUCUAAAUUGCUUUGCAUCACUAGCAAGUGCAUCGAUAUCUUACUUCACUGUUCUAUAUUCCACACAACAAUGA